UGCGGCAAAUGUGUGAGAGGCAUCAUCACCGUUGUGAAUAAUGAUAAUUGUUGAAUAAGUACUGACUUUUCUGGUGAAAUUGAAUCUUUGAAAUUCUCUCAACUUGAUAAUCCACAAUGGAGCCCCAAAAAUCCCAGGAGGAGGACAUCUUGUCCUGCUACCUCUACCCAAAAUUCAGCUACACAACCCCAGAAACUGUCGACCUGCCCACCCUAACUGAGGAGAUAAAAAAAUACAACGACUACCUGGAGACCAUCACCAAGAGCUACAUGUGGCACUGCGAUACCCCAGUGUUCCAUCCACGAACAAAAUCAAUUCAACUGCUCGAUAGUGUUCUCCAGGGUGACACAAAGCCAGAGGAGUCCACCCUGAUUCCCCACAUCCAUUUGAAACUUCGCUACGACGAGGACAUCGGUGACGAGUGGUUCACAGUAUUCCUGAUAUUUAAAUUAACCGAGUACUUCGAGGGUUUGAUCGUUCGUCUCGUCGAUUCAGACGGUGAAUUUUUGCUGAUUGAAGCUGCUGACCACUUGCCAAAUUGGGCAGAACCUGAGACCUGUCAGGAUCGUGUGUACGUGACAGGAGGUGCUGUCCACGUGGUGAAGGAACAGAUAUCUGCUGUGGAGAGGCUGACAAAAUUAUCAAAAAAUCCCCAGAACUAUCGUCUUUCCGACGAGGCACAAAUGUGCAUCAGACGACGAAUUGGGGUUUACCCUGAGGAAAUCGAGAGGAGAAGGCACAAGGCAAGGGCAUUUCUUCCCGAGAAGGCAGCGUCCAUCCUAGCGCAGGAACCUGGACUCAUCGCUUUUGCUAUUCGCACUAUCGUGCAUUCUGAUCCCAUGGAGAGGAGGGUAUGCAGGGCUAUGAGGUAUUUUCCUCCUGAGCAGAGGACGAUGGUCAAUUUGAUGAUGACCAGAUGCCUCUAUGCCAUGGCUACACACUGCAGGUACACUGGAGACCCCAGGACUGGAUGGAAUUUUCCUCCCGCCAACAGUCCGAAAUAUAACGCACAUUUGUUGGGGAUUAAAAUUGCCUGUGGCCUGGAGAUCCUCGUGGCAAGAGCUCACGAGAGGAGGAAGAAGAGAGAAGGUACUGGAGGGGCUGGGGAUGAUGAUAAGUGGAGGGAAUACUUGAGGAGACUCGAG